CCGUUCGCUCUCUGAGUCAUUCAGCGACUCUCGACGAAACUGUGCCAAUGGAAAACGACCGGAGAGUGUGACGCUAAAAACAAAAGAAAACAAAACAAAACUAACAGAUCGAGGGUCCAACUUUAGGUGAAGAGAGCCCACUCGGGGUGCCCGCGCCGCUGCUGUCCACAAUCGGCGAGACGAAUGGAGAGAAUGCGGCGGGCGCACGGCACGAUGUUUCGCCUUUUCCUGCUUAUCGUACCUUUUCUAGGUAUGUCCUUUGGGAUAUCAGUGACAUGUCCCGUCAGGAACUACGUGACCAUCUUGUUCCAGCCUGUGGUGCUGAAAUGCAACUACCAGACGUCGUCCAGCGUUCCACCCACAAUCACCUGGCGCUACAAGUCCUUCUGCGAAGACCCCGUGACGGCCGCCUUGAGCCCCAACAGUGCCAGUAAUCAGAUUGCUCAGGUCAACCCCAACUACAACCCAGUGACCGACUGCCCGGACAGCAGCAGGACCAUCCGUAUUGUGGCGUCCAAACAGGGCCCCUCUGUCACCCUCGGGAACUUCUACCAGGGCCGGCAGAUCACCAUCGUCAAUGAUGCCGACCUGAGUAUCGACCGCACCGCUUGGGGCGACGGAGGAGUCUACUACUGCUCAGUGAUCUCAUCUCAGGACCUGGGGGGCACCAGUGAGGACUACACACAGCUGAUUGUGCUCGGGAAGACGUCAAACUCCACAGACCUGUUGCCAGGCAUUGAUAUAGCGGGCAUAGCAGACUGGCUGCUGGUGGUCCUCGUCAUAAUGGGAGCUCUCCUGUUUUUGCUGCUCAUUGGCAUCUGCUGGUGCCAGUGCUGUCCACACACCUGCUGCUGUUAUGUCAGCUGUCCUUGCUGCCCAGAGAAGUGCUGCUGCCCUCGCGCCCUGUAUGAAGCUGGUAAGGCUGCCACGUCAGGGGUGCCCUCUGUUUAUGCCCCCAGCGUUUAUGCCCCCAGUAUGUACUCUCACCCAAGUCAAGUGAAGCUGAUGCCUCAAGGAGCCAGCAUUCCUAUGAUGCCCAUCGGCCCAGGCUACAAUGGAUACAUACCAGAAUAUGACGGUGCCAGCUCAGUGGGCCAUGGCUCCCAAGUGCCGCUUCUUCAUGAUCAGGAUGCUAAUUCAGUGCGUAGCGGUUACCGAAUUCAGGCAAACCAAGCCGAUGAUUCAAUGAGGGUCCUUUACUACAUGGAGAAGGAACUAACUAAUUUCGACCCGACGCGUCCUGGUGAUACAAGUGGGAAAUUUGAAAAAUUGACUGGAAUGAGUGAAAUUAGCUCGCUUCAUGAGAACUCUGAUCCAAGAGGAAACCUGCGGAAUGGAAUGGGCCGAGUACGAAACCAAGCAAUGCCACCCAUCACGGACGUGGAAGAUGACAUGAGCGUUUUCAGUAGCGCGUCUCGUCACGCGAACCCUCGUUUCCGUGAUGAUGCCAGUGGUCGUGGUGGGCGGGAUCAAGGUUAUCCGCCUAGUCGAGGACGGGCUCACUCCAUGGAUGACCUGGAUGAUCUUGAUCGCAAUUAUCGGGGUGGGCCUUCAAGGGAAGGCCACAGAAGACGCGGCUCUGAUAAUGAAUGGCGCGGACGGGAUUAUGAUGACGACCGCAGACGACAUGAUUACUCUCCGGAGAGCUAUCGUCGAGGCAAUGGUGACUACUAUGAGAGACGCAGCCGUAGUCGGGAUGACCUGAGAGAUCUGGAAAGGCAGCGCGAUUCUCCUGCCAGGCGUGGCGGGUACGAUGACACUUUCCUACAAGAUGUCCUGAGGAAGAAACAAGAGCGCUCUGGAAGCCGCGAGAACUUGGAUAACGCUAGCGACAACACUUACCGAUCCGGAGGGAACCGUCGGGGUGCCGACCGCCACAGAGACACUGACGAUGAAAGCUUUCCUCCGCCUCCCCCACCGGCAUACUCUGAUGUGGAGUCCAUUCCUUCCUCAAAGAGUCGUGGAAUUAAGACAAACUUGCGCAAGAACGGAGCGGUGAGCAGGGAGAGUCUCGUCGUGUGAUUUGUUUUCCUGUCACCCCAUGCAAGGAUAACUGGCUUUGGACUGCUGUAUGUUUAGGAUUGGUGACCAUCGUCCUGUCCAACUCUUAAGUGGUCUGCUAGAUGUGCGAACUGUUAAUACAAUGAGGCCUGAAUACACCCAGGGUUCUGGAAGAGCAGUGGAGUUAAGACUACACUGAAACGUCUGCUCCACCUCUGAGGAGACCAGUCUGUCGCUGUGAGGCGUGUUACGUCGAUUCACAACAUGUCCUCUCUCGUGGGUUUUUUUUUUUUUUUUUACGAGGCCGAUGGUCAUCAUAAUUGUCAGAAUAGUUUCAGGACAUUUCAUUGUACAUAAGACGACUCUUCACUUUGUAAAUUAGCCCGGAGUUGACUCUCUGCCUCGCGUUUACGUUCCAUUUCCUUCUUUGUACGGUGAGUACAUGGCCCGCCCUUCCUUCUUACGUAUUUUCUUUUAGACACACAUGUCUGGAUGCAGUCCACGUGAAACUCCUUCAAUAUUUGACCUUUGCAGAAUGCGUCUGGACGUCAAAUUCCCCAGUUAGGCUCGUUUAGAAGAGCCGUCCUGUUAUAACAACUCGUCCAAUCAGGCCUGAGGACCGCCAUACGUCAGUCAACGUGUCUUUAGUUUUGACUGUUUGUACCUUGGAGGUUCUGCUAGAUGGAAAAACCUUUUUGUGUGAUGACUGCCAUCUUUAAUCGUACCUUAAAGAUGAGUUGUGUAGAAAAACAAAUUAGUGCGUGGCUGGGAUUAUUUUUUGGGACAUCCUGCCUUGAACAGAUGAAUGAUAAAAAGAGAGACGUGUGUACAACCCUAAUGUUUGACCCCCACUUUUAACUCUUUGUGUGCAGACAUGGCUGUGCCAAUGUCGAUUGUCCCUGUGACGUUGGUGAACGACAGCCAUUUCAGUCAAUGUAAAUGUGUGAGCCCGCUUGGCCUUUACGAAUGAUUUUGUGGAUGUGUUUGUAAAAUAAAUUUAAUGUUCAAAUGUGUACAGAAGAAAAAAAAUGUUAAAAAAAAUUGAAUCUGAGCUGUGGGAGGAGUGCCUUUAAUAUUUAAAGUUUGCGUAGUCGUUUUUUAGUUUUUGUAUGAGAAUAUUUCAUCAAGAGAAUGGAGGCAGUGUAGGAGUGUUUUAUCUCUCUUUUUAAUUACGACUGUAAAUAAUUUUGUGUAAAUCUUGAGAGGCGCCCUGUCCUUGCUGUGUCGGCCUCCUCCUUAGUAGACCCUGUGACUCCAUCGUCCUCGCCUGCGUUGUCACUUGAAUGAUGAUGAGCUUUGGCGUUGCCGACGUCCGUUUUCAUUUGUGUCGUGCGUCUCCUCCUCCAGAGUUUCGUAAAGCACAUGUGAUGUAAGACGUGAGGUGCCUGCCUCCCUUCACACUCGAUCACUGGCUAUGAAUGACAUGCGUUUCCUUUUUUUCAAUUUGAAUUAAACUUUUUUAGGAAGCUUCAA